AUGAGUGUACAAAAGCAAAGACCAACGAAAUUACUUUUAAUUGGAGAAACAGGAAAUGGGAAAAGUUCACUUGGUAAUUUCAUUUUAAAGAGUAAUGUUUUUAAAUUUAGUGGUAGUCCGGAUUCAGAAACAAAUAAACCUCUUAAAUGUUUUGGAGAAGGAGAUAGAAGUGAUGUAGUUGUUAUUGACACACCUGGUCUUAAUGAUACUAAUAAGUUUGAUGAAGAACAUAUUCAGAAUAUUGUUGAUUGUGUUAGAGCCGAAGGGUUACAAGGAAUUAUAUUAACAAUGAACUAUAAUGUAGACAAAUUUACUUCUAAUCUUCAACAAGUUAUUGAAACUAUAUGUGAUGUUUUCAAAAUAAAAGACAUUUGGAAACGUGUUUGUAUUGUUUGGACGAAAUGCUUUAACCAUUUCUCAAAAGAUGAAAUUAAAAAAAAGAAAAUUAACAAAGAAAAAUUCAAAGAAAAGUUGACUGAAUUUAUAAACCAAAUAAUAAAACAAACGAAUAUCUUGAUAUACCAAUGUAUUUUGUAG